AUGGACAUCCUCGGCGACACCCGGAUCAACUGGAUCAAGUAUCGGUGGUGGUUCGCCGCAGUCUCCCUCGUAGUGGUUGCCGCGGGGGUUUUGGACAUCAUCCGGAAGGACGGGCUCCGGUACGGCAUCGACUUCUCCGAAGGCACCAUGGUGGUAGCCAAGUUCGCCGAGUCUCCGGAAAUCGAUGCCGUACGGGAGACCGUCGGCGCGCUCGGGUACGGAAGCGCCGUGAUCCAGAGCUACGACCGGCCCGAGAUGAACCAGGUCAUGAUCCGGGUCGAAAAAGAGCCAACGGACGAGCCCAUGGCGGGGCAGGAUCCGGGCGACGCGGCGCAGCCGGCACCCGAGGUUGGAAUCGACGAGACGGCCAACCGCAUUCUCGAAGCGCUCCGCGCUGGAGCCGCGGGAGAACUGGUAUCCGUGAGCACCGAGAUCGUGGGGCCGGUGGUCGGCGAAGAACUCCGGCGGCGGGCGCGGAAUGCCACCAUCUUGGCGCUCUUCGCGAUGCUCAUCUACAUCGGCUUCCGAUUCGAGCCGGUGUACGGGGUCGGCGCCACCAUCGCGGUCAUCCACGACGUCCUCGUAACGCUGGCUCUCGUUUCCCUCUUCGACUACGAGAUCAGUCUGAACGUGAUCGCCGCUUUCAUGACACUCGUGGGUUACUCGGUCAACGACACGAUCGUCAUCUUCGAUCGGAUCCGCGAAAACCGUCAUAUCCACCGCCGACUGGGGCUCCCGGAGAUCGUGAACCUGGCAAUUAACCAGACACUCCGGCGCACCAUCCUCACGUCAGGACUCACCCUGCUCGCGGUAGGGGCGCUGUUCGUCUGGGGCGGCGAGGUGCUCCGUGCUUUCUCCUUCGUGCUGGUAGCCGGGGUCGUCGUGGGCACCUACUCCUCGAUCGCCAUCGCUUCGCCGAUUGUCCUGUGGUGGCGCUCGGUACGGGGCGGCACGGCGGCGACCGCGGAACAGCAACGGCCCCAGGCGCCUCCGGUCAGGGUCUGA